UUUCAGGAGCGUCUAGUCUCAAUAUAGAAAACCAAAGUAUUCGAAGCGAUGGCAGCGCUAAAGGAAGGAAGCUAAAGAGAUGCCUUGCCAUACUCCUUGCUCUUAUUGCGUCAUUUGUUGUUAUUUCCGGUGUGAUUGUUGUCAUUUACUAUUUUAAAAACAAAGAAAAUAAUCAGACAGAUACAGUUGCAGAUGGUGACCAGCUAUUUUCAGGGUUACUCAGGGUCAACGAAACAUUUACUUACGAGAUGGCAGACUCAAGUUCUCCAAAGUUUCUCAGCUUCGAAAAGAGAUUUUGCUCUAAUAUUGAGUCCGUUGUGACACGAAAUGUCAGCUUUGGAGGCUGCAAAAUAAACAGUUUAAGCAAAGGCUCCAUUAUCGUCAACUUCACUUUGGCGAUAACAAACCCGAUGUCUGUCAACGAGACGCGGGACCUGCUUCUCUGUCUGUUUAACGGCACUCAAGUGGGAACCAUGAGAGUCGAUUCUCGGGCAACACAAUUUAUUUUCAAUCCUCAUGGAAAUGAGACAAUCGUCAGUAAAGAGUCGUCCAGCUGCUCAUCUGAUUAUUCACUGCCCAUCUCGCCCAUGAGCUACACAUACCCAGACUACUGUGGAGACUACCAGGUGUGCAUCCAGGGCAACUCAGUCCUACAGACAUGUCCUCAGGGACAGGAGUUUGCCUACCUGUCGCCAGGUGACACUGUGAUUUGUGCCCCGCCUUCCCACAACACCUACUGCGGACAGAAAAAGUCAGAAAUGGAAAAAACCACGUCACGACUUCCAUCUUCGACUUCUGUGACAGAUUCUAAACAAGAAGUGAAAUUAUCCACUGACACAAGUCAAAAUGCUCUUGCAUAUGCAACAUCGUCAUUAUUUCCAACAACAACAACAACGACAACGACAACCGCUAUGGACUGCUCCAAUGUGUUUACCUGCUCAAGCAGUUACACCUUCAUGCCUGCUAACGACACCUACCCGGACAACUGUGGAAAAUAUCAAGAGUGUAUCGGAGGAAAGAGUAAAGUUCGAUAUUGUGCAGAGGGUUCUCACUUCGUAUAUUCACAACAAAACAUCAACGCUUGCCACGGAACAGACGAUCCCCUCACCUACUGCAACAUGAUGACAUUCUUUAAAUCAGCUUGCUCAGAAAACUCAAAACACUUUGUGACAACCGAAAGUCAAGACCAGGCGUCACGCUUGCCCUCGUUUCCAUAACAACCGAUCGGACAUCACUCUUACUAAUUACUGAAAAACUAGGUGUGUCAUCGCCAUUUACAUCGUCUUCAUGAAAGAAAAUGAAAAGAAAGGCUUGAUGUGACGUCACCCAUUGUUUCCAUGAUAACAGAAGGGCAAGGUAGUAUGUCACCAUCAUAUUUUCA